AUGACGGCGCAGCAGCACGACGAGCUCGUCCGCUCGCAAGUUACCGAGUCGAACCGGCGCUUCAGCACAGGUUCCGGCGGGCGCAAGCCGCCGGUGGAUCCCGCAACGGGAAAGCUCAUUCCACGCUCGAGCUGGUGGGGCUUCGACCGGGUCGCGUGGAGCAAUACCAAGGCCAUGUCGCUCACGUUCGACAUCUGCGCGGUCUCGUGCUUCCUCGUGUUCAACGCGUCUCAAAUCGGCAGAGACUUCUACCACUGGCUCAACGCCAACUACACGCCGUUCCAGAUUGAUUUCUACUGGACCUUCGGCAUCACCACCGUCCUGUACUGGGCCUUCGCCGUGCUGUACGCCGUUGUCGACUUGACAUCGUGGCCUGCCGCGGUGUUCCAGUACAAGGUGCAGCCGUUCCAGCGUGUGGGCUUCAAGGAGUACGGGAAGAUUGCCGUCCGAGUCCUGUGGAACCAGGCGCUUGUCACGCUCCCGCUUGCUUACUUCAAGGCCAGGCUGAAACCGAGCGACGCGCGCGUCGAGACGCUCCCCGGUCCACUGACGUCGAUCGCCGUCAUCAUCUUCAACAUUCUCUGCACCGAGAUCGGCUUCUUCUACGUGCACCGCUUCCUACACUCUCCGGGGUAUUACCAAAAAUAUCACAAGCAGCACCACGAGUACACCGCCCCCGUCGGGCUAGCAGCUACGUACUGCACAGCAGUCGAGCAUCUAUUCUCUAACCUGCUUCCCAACACCAUCGGCACAACGAUCACGCAAUGCCACUGGAGCCUGACCAUGUUUACGUUCUGCUUUUUGGAGAUUGAGACGAUCAUGGCGCAUAGCGGCUACAACUUGCCGUUCACGCACUCUUCCCUUAAUCACGACUUCCAUCACUUUGCCUUCAACGAGAACUUCGGCCCCAUCGGCCUGCUGGACGGCUGGUACGGCACGAAUAAAAAGUUCAUUCGUGCGCUCGAAGAUGCCAAGGUCCGACACAGAGGGGACGAGGGCAAGGCGCGCGCCGAGCUGCUGAGCAAGAUCGCCGAGGCAGACCUGGCGGCUGCCAACCAAGGGAGAGAGGCGAAGAAGGACUGGUGA